AUCUUCAUCACAAGACAAGGUUUUCUCUGCUCUCAAACACAGACUUCCUCAGAAGAUACAAAUCAGUAAUCACCAUGGCUUUGGCAUUGCUCAACCCAUCUGCAAGUGUCACCACUUCACAGCAGAAAGACCAACUCCCCAACCCUUUUGAGCUCCAAGACUCUCAGAUCCGCUACAAGGUUUAUCUCACUCACGUCAAUGACGACAAAGAGUACGACGGGGAUGUCCUUUUCAACCUUGUGUCCAACAUUCUCAACUCCGCCUCAGCUCAAGUUUCAGCAACUACUGUUUCUGCCACAAGUUUCAAACCGGACUUCCCUACUCUGAAGCGGCUUUCUUGUCAGAUGAUAACCACACGUGGAAGUCCAGAAUGUGCACACCAGACAACAUUCAAGAUUCUUCAGCAGCUGAGUGGAUUCUCGUGGGGUGCGAAGGCGGUGAUAGCUCUAGCUGCAUUCUCUUUAGAAUAUGGGGAAUUUUGGCGGCUUGAUCGGGUUCAAGUAGCAGAUCAAUUCGGGAACUCUUUGAAGCAGCUUAACCAAGUCCAAAUUAGCAGAAAGGUCCCUGCAGACAUGACUGAUCUGGUCACAGUUUUAGGGGAAGUGUUAAAUUACAUCAAUCUGUGGGAAAAAUGGUCUGCUAUGGAUUACGACACAGAGGCAGUGCCUUCAUUGUUAGCUGCCAUGCAAGAGAUCCCUCUUGCUGUCUACUGGACAAUUGCUUCCAUUGUUGCUUCCGUUGGCAACCUCGUCGGUAUAUCGGAACAUAAAUUAUCAAACUUCAAAGACAGGCUUAAUAAGAUUGUGAUCAAGUUGAAGACCCAUAUGGAAAAUGGCAGAUGGGAAAUAGGGAGGAUACAAGAUUACAAAAUCCGUAUCGAUAUUAGAUAUCCUAAAAUUAAAGAUGUUGUGGAUCUGUUGGACAUUCUGAUUAUUCCUGCGUCUGACAGCGAAACUUCCAUACCCAAAAUAUUUGAAGACGGCGUCCAAAUUAAAAAUGGUAUUGAAGUGUUCAAGCAGAAAUACGUAAUGCUGUUCAUUUCGGGCCUCGACAGCAUUGGAGAUGAGAUUUUGCUUCUGAGUUCCAUAUACAAGAGAUUGCAAGAGCACGCGGGAGAAGAAAUAAAAGGUUUCAAGAAAGGUGAUUUCAGGAUCUUAUGGAUCCCCAUUGUGGAUGAUUGGAACACCGAUAACACUAGGAGGGAGAAGUUUUAUAAUUUGAAGAAAAGCAUGAAAUGGCACGUGUUGGAGUACUUUGAAAAGUUACCAGGAUACGAGAUAAUAGUGCAGAAACUUAAAUACGAUGGCAAGCCUGUAGUGACAGUGAUCAACCCCCAAGGUCAGAUAAUAAAUGAGAAUGCAUUGCAGAUUAUUUUUGAAUGGGAGACCGAAGCGUUUCCUUUUAGGCAAAUUGAUGUUGAUGAUCUCAACAAAAAAUGGAAAUGGUUUUGGAAUUUAUUGGAGAAAACAGAUGACAAGGCAAAGCUGUUGGGAAGGGAUAAUACAAGUUGCGUCUUCAUCUAUGGAGGUAACGACAGUAAUUGGAUCCAAAACAUGAAGAACGCAAUUGGAAAAAUUGAGAAGCAUGAGAUUAAUAAUGUGGACGUUAACAUAGAGAGGUAUGAGCUGGGGGAGCAUAACCCUGACCAUGUACCCUCAUUUUGGAUCGGUCUUGAUGGGAAGAAGAAGAACAAGGAGUGCAAGGGAAGAGUGGACUGUGAAAUUCAGGAAAUUGUGAGGACCUUGCUUUGCCUUAAACAAGAUCCACUGGGAUGGGUUGUUCUUAGCAGGGGGCGUAACUUAAAGCUACUGGGUCAUGGUGAGCCUAUGUAUCAAACUGUGCUUGAAUUUGAGAAAUGGAAAAACACAGUGCUCGAGAAAGAAACCUUUGAUGUAGCCUUCAAAGAACAUUAUGAUGUGGUGAAAGAGAGAUAUGCUAGUCGCCCAUAUGAUCAUACUUCGAGUGUUCUAGCCACCAUAACUUGCCCAAAUACCUCAUGUGGAAGAGUCAUGGAAGUGACAUCAAUUCAGUAUAGGUGUUGUCAUGGUAGUGCAAACAGUUGCAAUGUCUGAUUUCACCAUAGGUCAAAGAUUAUCUUUCAAAGUCUGCUUUGCUUAAACAUGGAGUUUCAAUGUAAUUUUCCUUGUUUACUUCAUAUGAAUUGUCCUAUAGCUACUUUGUUCGCCCUUCAAUGGGUUGAAACUAAAUAAUGACUUUUUUUUUUGUGUGUGUAUGGUACUUGAUUUUCAUUGAAUAAAGGUAGAUUUACAUUGUCCAAUAAUAUGAGU